AAAAGGCGGAGCUUGUCUCGCAUCAGGACCAGUCUGACUGCACCUGCAUCCUGAGCUCAGAGCGUCCCUGGAGCAUCUUAAGAGGAGAACGCAGCUGGCAACCAGGGACUGGACCGUCGCAGGAGACGUCUGCCAGAUACCUUCCCCCACCCAGACCUAGAGAUCUACAGCUGCAGCCUCGGUACUGGAGGUGGGGUUCCCAGAGUUACCUGACCGUUGCGUUUAAUAGCAACAGCUUCUGAUUACGACAUGGCUGAGAUCACCAACAUCCGACCUAGCUUUGAUGUGUCCCCCGUGGUGGCUGGUCUCAUCGGGGCCUCUGUGCUGGUGGUAUGUGUUUCGGUGACUGUCUUUGUCUGGACAUGCUGCCACCAGCAGGCAGAGAAGAAGCACAAGACCCCGCCAUACAAGUUUAUUCACAUGCUUAAAGGCAUCAGCAUAUACCCAGAGACCCUCAGCAACAAGAAGAAAAUCAUCAAAGUGCGGAGAGACAAAGAUGGCUCUGGGAGGGAAGGUGGACGUGGAAACCUCUUGGUGGAUGCAGCAGAGGCUGGUCUGCUAAGCCGAGACAAGGGUUCCAGGGGGCCCAGUUCUGGAUCUUGUAUAGACCAGUUACCCAUCAAAAUGGACUAUGGGGAAGAACUGAGGAGCCCCAUUACGAGCCUGACCCCAGGGGAAAGCAAAACCACCUCUCCAUCAUCUCCAGAGGAAGAUGUCAUGUUGGGAUCCCUCACCUUCUCAGUGGACUAUAAUUUCCCAAAAAAAGCUCUGGUGGUGACAAUCCAGGAGGCCCAUGGGCUGCCAGUGAUGGAUGACCAGACCCAGGGCUCUGACCCCUACAUCAAAAUGACCAUCCUACCUGACAAGCGGCAUCGGGUGAAGACCAGAGUACUGCGGAAGACCCUGGACCCUGUGUUUGAUGAGACCUUCACCUUCUAUGGCAUCCCAUACAGCCAGCUGCAGGACCUGGUGCUACACUUCCUUGUCCUCAGCUUUGAUCGCUUCUCUCGAGAUGACGUCAUCGGGGAAGUCAUGGUGCCAUUGGCUGGGGUAGACCCCAGUACAGGCAAGGUCCAGCUGACCAGGGACAUCAUCAAAAGAAAUAUCCAGAAGUGCAUUAGCAGAGGGGAGCUCCAGGUGUCUCUGUCCUAUCAGCCUGUGGCACAGAGAAUGACAGUGGUGGUCCUCAAAGCCAGACACUUGCCGAAGAUGGACAUCACCGGUCUUUCAGGUAAUCCUUAUGUCAAGGUGAACGUCUACUACGGCAGAAAGCGCAUCGCCAAGAAGAAGACCCACGUUAAGAAGUGCACUUUGAACCCCAUCUUCAAUGAGUCUUUCAUCUACGACAUCCCCACUGACCUCCUGCCUGAUAUCAGCAUUGAAUUCCUCGUCAUCGACUUCGAUCGCACCACCAAGAACGAGGUGGUGGGGAGGCUGAUCCUGGGAGCUCACAGUGUCACAGCCAGUGGUGCCGAACACUGGAGAGAGGUCUGUGAGAGUCCCCGCAAGCCUAUAUCCAAGUGGCACAGUCUGAGCGAGUAUUAAUCCUGUUCUUCUCGCCUCUAAACCUGGAGCCAGGCUGGGGAGGGAUGUUGCAGGGAGAGAUGACAGAGAAGCGAACUCAAAACCUCAUUUUAGUUGUAGAAGAAAAUUUCUUACAAAACAAACCCCACAGAGAACACCCUACAUGACCACAGCUGCAGAUCUGUUAUUAGCAGUGAUUUUUUUUUUCUCCUUCGCAGGGCACUAGAAAUUCUUUUGUUUUUUAAAUGGGGGGAAAAAGAGAGGGGAAGACCCUACAAUCCUAUAUAUAACAAUGUAACCUUGUACUUGCAUGUCUAAUACACACUGAAGAAAUUAGCCUAUCUGCCAGUAUCAAGUUGCAGAUUUUAAUCCAUGAAAAUUGUGUUUUGUGCCGAGUUGUAUUUGCUGAUUACCUGAAAUUGGCAUCUUUUCAUUGGGCUUCUCUGGAGAGUUACUCCCACUCCCCACCUCUGCAGAAGAAGAGUUUGCUCUUGUAAAAUUUCAUGUUUUCAUGAUUCCCAUCUUUUCUUCCACCUUUUGUAUCUCUGUGCUUUGACUGAACUCAAGGCCCAGAGGUCUGUGUAAGCCAAGAAACAAAGGUAGGGUGAUACAGUGGGGCUUGCAGGAGAAAACGUGACUGGAAGUGGGGCGUUUUUGCUGCCAGUCCUGCUGCUGUGAAGGGGCAGUGGGCAGUUAUGCUCAACUGAUACCUGCCCCCACCCCAGUGAAGCACAUAGAACAUAUCGGGUUUAUCAGGUAGAACUUGGAUCUACAAAACUCCUGACUUCUCUAAAAAGAGCUCUGGAGACUUUACAUUCAGCUGCAGGAUAGAACCAGUGGGCACAAGCAGCUGACCCCAAAGAUUAUUUGCAGGUAUGAGGACAAGGAGAGGAGCAAGGAAGUGACUGCCCCUCCCCUUUGCAGCUCUCUCCUGUAGUGACACCUCUUUCUAGGUUAAUCUGUUUGAAGGGUUACACUGGCCUUUGGUUCCCCAGAAAUCCGGACUAUGGAGAGUCUUCUCAAAUGGCUUAGAUGUUCUAAUGAGAUUAGAUUUGUUUCCUAAGGGAAAAGGCCCUCAAAUAAUUAUUCUUCCUCUUUAAAUUUUUCGAUAUACAGAUCUUUAAGCAACCAUGUGGCUGAGUUAUAAAGAUACAUUUUCCUUUCCCUCAAAAUAAAGUGCAUAAUUCUUGGGGCUUUAGUCUCACAAUAUGGAAAGGAUGGGAGAUCCGGCGUUUAGUCCUCCUGCUGCUGGGCAGUACAGGUUGAGCAAUUCAGCUCCAGACUGCAGUCAGAAUCCAGUUCUGCUUCUUCCUGGUGCAGCUGCAUCCCCCUGUGGCGAUUCCAGGUGGCAGGGACUUCAGCACCCAUGAGUAAGCUUGGGUGGGCAGCACAUGGUUUUGACAGCCUGAAGAGGAACUUGGUCAAAUAAGCAGCAGCUUGACCCAGGGCCUGAGAGGGGAGUGUAGCGUCCACUUCCACACAAGAUCAUCGCUUUCUAACUUGCUCCUGAAAAGGGAGUGGAAAAGCUGAGUCUCCACGGAGAAGGUGGUGACAUUGCUCUUAGUGUCCCCUGAGAUUGUGUGGAUUUAAAUCCAGUCUGCUCCCUGCCCCCAUCCUUUGCUUUGGUUUUGUUUUGACCCAGAUUCUUGACAAUGCAGAGUGAUUCUGUGCAGGCGCAAAGUCCCUUCUCUGUCCUUGUCCCCAUCCACACCUCCCCCCUCACAUCUGACUCUAUCUCAUCACCAGUUGGGGCCACACCACUAAUCUCUGUCCUCUAACCCAUGGAAUGUAAAUAUUGUAUCAUACGUAGAAGAAAAUAAUUUUUGUUUUCUAAAAAUGCAUUUUGAAAUAGUUUAAAUGUAAAUCUGGCAGGAGCAUUCUGAAGCCCCAUUAAGAAAAAAUCUAAAUGAUUCCUCUUCAUCGCCUUAAUGUCUAAAGAUCAGAAACCGCUGAGCAUCCCGCUUUUGUUUCCUUCCCAGAAACAAUGCAGAGCGACAGGUGGAGUCAGUCUGGUCUUUGCCCUGCAGUGUGCCUCUGUAGCUCCUCCUGCCAUAAGCCCGGGGAGACAGCCUUGCCCACCCCCGAUGCCCAUCUCCUGGUAGCUUUACUCCUUCCUUACAUCCUUUGGGUCUGUGGAGCAGUGGGUGAUGAGGUGCCAGGGAGAAACCAGCCGCUCUGUAAGCCGGGAACCACCUCCGUGCCUUUACCAGGAAAAGGCAAAGAGGUGGCCAGCAUAGGAUUCCUCCCUCCAACCUCAGGCCUGAUCCAUCCUGCCCUGGAGUAUGUUGUCCCAAAGUUUCUUAGUUGACUUUGGCUUUCAUAUUUGUUCUUUGCAGAGAGAACUGAUAAGGCUGAGGCAGAGUGCCUCUUCCCAAGAGUCAGUUGACAGACAAGAGAGUCACAUCCUAGUGUUUGCACAAGGCGCUCGUAGUCAGGAAUAGGUUAGGCAAUGGUCACGUCCGAGUCUCCAAAAGCUAAUUCUUCUCUGGAUAUCUUGCUCCCUUCGGGAACACGAGUUUUCCUUAAUAACAAAAGUCCUUUUAUGAGUUGUUCCUUCCUCCAGUUCCCAGUGGAGCACAGCCAAGAUGUACCUGUUUCCUGACAGUGCUCUAGGUAGGAAACCACGUAAAACUGCUCUGUGGGACAGGGGUGGCUUGCUAAGGAGAGGAAAAUGCAAGUCCCUUUUCUUGGAAGGCUCUCGUGAUGGCCAUGACAGUGACAUUGCCCUCACCAUGAUCCCUCUCCGAAGUGGUCGUCUUUCUUUACCUUGUGUCUUCUCUUGUAAAAAUGAAACUCAAAGAUAAACAUGUCAAAUUUAAAAAAAAAAAUAAAACAAAAAAGCUAACAUGAAUUGUGUGGAAAUUGCAUAAUGCUGUAACACUAACCUACAAUAUGUAAUGCUAUCUUGUAUGUUGAAUUUGUUAAUGCACUACACAAGUGCAAAAUAAAGACUGAUUCACAUUAAGUAGG